AUGUUACUAAAUACAAUCCGAGCUGCACGUCUAUAUGAUGAGAAUUCAGUCUUUUUAAAUUCUCUUGAAAAAGAGCUACAAGCGGCGCUGGAAGCGGACAGGAAAUAUCAGAGGGAAAACAAUGCCAAAUUUCGUGCUUUAAACCAAAAUGUCGCCAGCUAUGAAGAAUUCAGGGACAUAGUACUUGCAUCUCACUUAAAGCCCCUUGACAGAAAGGACAUCUCUGGUGCACCUCGAAAGCAGCCAUGGAAUCCCAUUGCUUUUGGCACAAAGCAUGAAAGUGCUUUAUCUGAGGAGGUCCAGCCGAAGUUAUCUGAGAACCAGCCAAGAAGUGCAUCAGAAUUCAUCCGUGACUGGCGCAGGUUUGCAGGAAGCUCAUUGGAAAAGUACAGUCUCCUCGUGGGUCUGGGAGGCAAGGCUCUGCAGGAAAUCUUCAGAACUGAGGUUGGCCUUGGUCUUCUCGGCGAGUUGCUUUUGAUUCUGUCACAGUGUCUUAAGUCAGGGGAUGAGGAAAUAGUGAUCGGAGUGCUAGACGGCCUUUCCAGAACUGGCCGUUUUGGCCUUAACCUGUCUCUUCUUAAUCAGGCAGAACAAAAAGCCUGUGAGGAGCUUUUCCACAAGCUACAAAUUGCAGCAGGUGAUUCUUCUGACACUUCAGUGGCUUGUGAGGCCAGUCUUACAGCAAAACUGAAAGCGUUAAUGGGAAAAUAUGGCGUCCAGAAAUAGGUUGUAUUGAAAUUCCAUUGUUUUUUUUUCCA